AUGGCCGGCGACGAUGACAAAAAGAAACAGCGGGCUCCGGCCCGGCCAAAAACUAUCGUCUUCCUACACCCGGACUUGGGGAUAGGUGGCGCGGAGCGCUUGGUGGUGGAUGCCGCUGUGGGAUUGCAGAAGCGCGGAUACAGGGUUGUGAUAUUUACGAGCCAUUGCGAUCCUGCUCAUUGCUUCGAGGAAGCGCGCGAUGGUACCCUCGAUGUGCAUGUACACGGCAACACCCUCGUCCCGCCUACCAUCCUCGGCCGCUUCGCGAUCCUAUGCGCCAUCCUUCGCCAACUACACCUUUUGCUCCAUGUCGGGCUUUUCACCUCCAAGCUCGCCACCAUCGGUCCUGACGCCUUCUUCGUCGACCAGCUCAGCGCCGGCCUGCCCGCCUUAAAGGUCCUCCUCUCCAUAUCCAGCUUCUUCUCCCCGCGCGAGGGCGGGUUCAUCCCGCCGAUCUUCUUCUACUGCCACUUCCCCGACCUGUUGCUCGCGCGUGGCCGCGCGCAGCUCUGGAAGCGGUUGUACCGAGCGCCGUUUGACGCCCUCGAGCGAUGGUCCAUGGGAUUUGCCGAUGCCAUCGCCGUGAACUCGGCGUUCACACGAGGGGUAGUCGAGGCCACGUGGCCCGGGCUGGCGAACUCCAAGACUUUGCACGUGGUAUACCCGUGCGUGGACGUCUCGUCGCCUACGCAAAAGAAGAACAAUACCAAGAACAAGGAGCAGAACCAAGACAAACAAACAAACCCCGACGAAACCACCUCCCCAGAACCCUCCCUCGAAAUCGAGCCCCUCCCCUGGGCCCAAGACGGCAUCAUCCUCUCGAUCAACCGCUUCGAGCGCAAAAAAGACAUCGCCCUCGCCCUGCACGCCUUCGCCCGCCUGCCGCCCUCCCAGCGCAAAACCGCCAAACUCAUCCUCGCAGGCGGCUACGACCCCCGCGUAACCGAAAACGUCGCCUACCACACCGAACUCCAACACCUCGCCACCUCCCUCAACCUCCACCACGCAACCGCCAAAACCCUCGUCUCGGCCGUCACCCUCCCCCAGAACCAAGACACCAUCGACGUCCUCUUCCUCCUGUCGGUACCCGACCUCCUCAAAGAAAUCCUCCUCCGCUCCGCCCGCUUACUCCUCUACACCCCACGCAACGAACACUUCGGCAUCGUCCCUCUAGAAGCCAUGCUGCGGGGUUUACCCGUGCUAGCAGCCAACAGCGGCGGGCCGCGCGAGACGGUGGUUGACGGCGUGACCGGCUGGCUGCGCGAUCCGGAUGAUGUCGACGGGUGGAGUGAAGUGCUCGGCAAGGUACUAAAUGACAUACCCCAAAAAGAAUUAGAAAAGAUGGGGAAAGCGGGGGUGGAGAGGGUGAAAGAUGGGUUUGGGGAGGAGAAAAUGGCGGAGACGCUAGACGGGAUUCUGGAUCAGAUGCACGCUGGGCCGCUGGUGUCGAAUGUUUCGGUUUUGUUGGCGGGGGUGGUGGUGGCUGUGGGGGUGUUGAUACCGGUGUUGGUGGUUGGAAGGAUAGGUGGGCAUUUUGGGUAG